AUGACAGGUUGGUGCCGCCUAUGGAUUAAUAAUUAUGGACUAAUUGUAAAACCCCUAUAUGACCUCAUCAAGAAUAACCAAUCAAAAUUGGUCUGGACGGGGGAAGCACGGCCUGCCUUUAAGAAGCUUAAAUUGGAGCUAAUGCGAGCACCAGCUUUGGGUUUACCGGACUUGUCUAAACCCUUUUGGUUGUACUCCUAUGAGAGACAAGGGAUGGCCCUGGGGGUGCUGGCACAGAAGUUGGGCCCCUACAGAAGAGCUGUGGCCUACUUUUCUAAACAAUUGGAUGAAGUAAGUAAAGGUUGGCCAGGUUGCCUUCGAGCAGUGGCCGCUGUUAUCAUGAAUAUACAGGAGGCUCGGAAGUUCACUAUGGGACAGAAGAUAACCGUGCUGGUAUCACACACUGUCUCGGCAGUCUUGGAACAGAAAGGGGCACACUGGUUAUCCCCUCAAAGAUUUUUAAAAUACCAAGCGAUACUGGUGGAGCAAGAUGACGUAGAAAUUGUGGUUACUAACAUUGUGAACCUAGCUUCUUUCCUUAGCAAUGCUCCUGACGAGCCAGUGGUCCACGAUUGUAUCGAAACUAUGGAAACAGUGUAUUCUAGCCGACCAGAUCUCAAAGAGGAGCCCUUGGAAGAUGCAGACGAAUCAUGGUAUACUGAUGGAAGCAGCUUUGUGAAACAAGGACAACGCAAAGCAGGGUAUGCGGUGACGACCACUCAACAGGUAAUUGAGUCGAAACCAUUACCCCUUGGGACGUCUGCUCAAAAAGCAGAAAUAAUCGCUCUCACACGAGCAUUGGAACUAGCAGCAAGAAAGAAAGUAAAUAUCUGGACAGACUCUAAGUAUGCGUUUGGUGUGGUGCAUGCGCAUGGGGCUAUUUGGAAGGAACGGGGAUUAUUGACUGCCCAAGGAAAACAAAUAAAGCAUGCUGAAGAAAUUUUGAAGUUAUUAGAAGCAGUAAAGCAACCGGAGAAAGUGGCUGUUAUGCACUUCCGGGGACACCAAAGAGGAACCGCCGACUUCGAGGUAGGGAAUCGAUUGGCUGAUCAGGAAGUGAAAAGGGUGGCCGAGGUGGCUGAGGUGGAGGCGCUUACUUUAAUACCAGACGGUAAAAUACAAACUUUAGGUGAAGGACAGGAACCUAGGUACACACAGGAAGAUCAAAAACUAAUUGAGGACUUGAAAGGGAAAGUAAGAUUAGAUGGAUGGGUAUAUUUGAAAGAUAAUAGAAUUGUGAUACCCUCUUAA